AGUCCCCAUGGCCUUGCUGAGCCGAGCCCUGCGUGUGGCCGCCACCUGUCCUCGCCGGAGCCCUGCCCAGGGCCUGGGGCUGCGACUCCUGAGCAGCGGGGCCCGGCCCAGCCCUGAGAAGAGUGUGCCCUACCAGCAGACCCUGAAGGAGGCACGGGACCCCUGGGCAGGCGCCCAGGGCCCAAGCCGGCCCCUGCCCAGCACAGCCAAUGUGGUGGUCAUCGGCGGGGGCAGCUUGGGCUGCCAGACCCUCUACCACCUGGCCAAGCUGGGCAUGAGCGGGGCGGUGCUACUGGAACGGGAGCGGCUGACCUCCGGGACCACCUGGCACACGGCGGGCCUGCUGUGGCAGCUGCGGCCCAGCGACGUGGAGGUGGAGCUUCUGGCCCACACGAGGCGCGUGGUGAGCCGCGACCUGGGGGAGGAGACGGGGCUGCACACGGGCUGGAUCCAGAAUGGAGGGCUGUUCAUCGCGUCCAACCGGCAGCGCCUGGAUGAGUACAAGAGGCUUAUGUCGUUGGGCAAGGCCUAUGGCGUGGAGUCCCACGUGCUGAGCCCGGCAGAGACCAAGGCACUGUAUCCGCUGAUGAAUGUGGAUGACCUCUACGGGACCCUGUACGUGCCUCACGACGGCACCAUGGACCCCGGCGGCACCUGUACCGCCCUCACCAGGGCCGCCACUGCCCGUGGAGCGCAGGUCAUCGAGAGCUGCCCGGUGACCGGCAUCACCGUGCGGACGGAUGAUUUUGGGGUGCGGCGGGUCGAGGCUGUGGAGACAGAGCACGGCUCCAUCCAGACGCCCUGCGUGGUCAAUUGUGCAGGAGUGUGGGCAGGCGCCGUGGGCCGGAUGGCUGGCGUCAAGGUCCCGCUGGUGGCCAUGCACCAUGCCUACGUCGUCACCGAGCGCAUUGAAGGGAUCCAGAACAUGCCCAACGUCCGCGACCAUGACGCCUCCAUCUACCUCCGCCUCCAAGGGGACGCCUUGUCUGUGGGCGGCUACGAGACCAACCCCAUCUUCUGGGAGGAGGUGUCGGACAAGUUUGCCUUUGGCCUCUUCGACCUGGACUGGGAUGUGUUCACCCAGCACAUUGAAGGUGCCAUCAACCGGGUCCCCGUGCUGGAGAAAACGGGGAUUAAGUCCACAGUCUGCGGCCCAGAGUCAUUCACACCGGACCACAAGCCCCUGAUGGGGGAGGCACCCGAGCUCCGUGGGUUCUUCCUGGGCUGCGGCUUCAACAGUGCAGGAAUGAUGCUGGGAGGUGGCUGUGGGCAGGAGCUGGCCCACUGGGUCAUCCACGGGCGCCCGGAGAAGGACAUGCACAGCUACGACAUCAGGCGCUUCCACCACUCGCUCACAGACCACGGCCGCUGGAUUCGAGAGCGCAGCCACGAGUCCUACUCCAGGAAUUACUCGGUCGUCUUCCCCCACGACGAGCCCCUGGCUGGACGCAACAUGAGGACAGACCCCCUGCACGAGGAGCUCCUCGCACGAGGCUGCGUGUUCCAGGAGCGGCACGGCUGGGAGAGGCCGGGAUGGUUCAGUCCCCACGGCGCGGCUCCGGUGCUCCCUUACGACUACUACGGGGCCUACAGGCAGCGGGCGCACGAGGACUACGCCUACGGCAGGCUGCUGGGCCACGAGUACACCUUCGACUUCCCGCCCCACCACGACGUGAUCAAGAAGGAGUGUCUGGCCUGCAGAGGGGCCGCUGCUGUGUUUGACAUGUCCUACUUCGGGAAGUUCUACCUGGUGGGCCUGGACGCGAGGAAGGCCGCCGACUGGCUCUUCUCGGCCGAUGUCAGCCGGCCCCCAGGCUCCACGGUGUACACCUGCAUGCUGAACCACCGCGGGGGCACCGAGAGCGACCUGACCGUCAGCCGCCUUGCUCCCAGCCCCCAGACCUCCCCGCUGGCCCCUGCCUUUGAAGGGGAUGGCUACUACCUGGCCGUGGGCGGGACUGUGGCCCAGCACAACUGGUCCCACAUCACCACGGUGCUGCAGGACUGGAGGUUCCGGUGCCAGCUCGUCGACAGCUCCGAGGACCUGGGCCUGAUCAGCGUCCAGGGCCCAGCCAGCCGGGCCAUUCUCCAGGAAGUGCUCGAUGCAGACCUGAGCAAUGAGGCCUUCCCGCUGUUCACUCACAAGCUGGUGAGAGCCGCCGGGCACCUGGUCCGGGCCAUGAGGCUGUCCUUCGUUGGGGAGCUGGGCUGGGAGCUGCACAUCCCGAGGUCGUCCUGCCUGCCCGUGUACCAGGCUGUGAUGGCAGCAGGGGCCAAGCACGGCCUCGUCAAUGCCGGGUACCGGGCCAUCGACUCCCUGAGCAUCGAGAAAGGCUACCGGCACUGGCACGCCGACCUGCGGCCCGAUGACAGCCCCCUGGAAGCGGGUUUGGCCUUCACCUGCAAGCUCAAAUCUGCCAUCCCCUUCCUGGGGCGCGAGGCCCUGGAGGAGCAGCGGGCCAAGGGCCUCUACCGGCGCCUGGUGGGCUUCACCGUGGACGAGAAAGUGCCCAUGUUCGGCCUGGAGGCCAUCUGGAGAAACGGCCAGGUGGUGGGCCACGUCCGGAGAGCCGACUUUGGGUUCACCAUCGACAAGACCCUGGCCUACGGCUACAUCCGGGACCCCAGCGGCGGGCCGGUCUCGCUGGACUUUGUGAAGAGUGGAGAGUACGCCCUGGAGAGGAUGGGAGUGACCUACCCGGCCCAGGCUCACCUCAAGUCUCCCUUCGAUCCCGACAACAAGAGGAUGAAAGGGAUCUACUGA